CUUGCAAUCGGAAUACUUGCAGCACCUAAGACACUAUUCUUCAUCGCCUUAGAAAUGUCUGAUAAAAUAGACAAAUCCCAAUUCAAUGAAGACGAGCUGGAGGCUCCGUCCUGGCUGAAUGCACAGUUCGUCGGAGGAAUCCUGGCAGCGUAUAAAAAUAGCUCGGAACUGAAAGUGACGGAUCUAAAAAUCACCCCAGCCACAGCCCAGGGAGACCACUACGCCAGUGUGAUGUUCCGAGCCACCGCAGAGUACUCCACCUCCAAGGGUAAGUUCUCAAAGGCCCUGAUCAUCAAGACGAUGCCUGAGCAGGAGGGCCACAAAAAAGACAUGCUGGCAGACUCUCACCUGUUUGAGACUGAGAUCGGCAUGUACUGCCAGGUCCUGCCGGAAUUUGAGAGGAUUCUGACGGAGGCUGGGGACACGACCAAGCUGUUUGCACCCUGCCUUUACCACAGCCUGGAACCGCGGCAGGUUAUGAUCUUUGAGGACCUAGUGCCACUAGGAUAUUCCGUCGUCCGGGAUCGGCCUGUCAGCCAGAAUGAACUCAAGAACGUGUUCUCAAAGCUAGCAAAGUGGCAUGCCGUGAGCAUGAAGAUUAUAAAGGAGCGACCUGAGUUCCUGAAGGAGUACAAGUACGGACUGUUUGACUUGCCCCACUUCGUGACGGAUCCAAUGGUUACAUCAGGCAUUGAUAAGUUUAUCGAAAUGUUGGACAAGCUUCCCGAUCUGAAAAAGUACAAGCCGCACUUUGAGAAGAUAAAAGGAAACUAUCUCAAGCGUCUGCAGAGUGAAUUGCAGGAAUAUCACCAGAACAGGCGAGACGAUUCCUACUACGUUCUGUGCCACGGGGACUUUCAUUUGCGCAACAUGAUGUUCAAGAACAACCAGAAAACAGGAGCUGUGGAAGACGUCAUGUUGGUGGACUUUCAGAUCAGCAACUUGAGCCCCAUUUCGACAGACCUCAUUUAUUCAAUUUACAUGCUGAUGGAGCCGGAGCAGCGCCGGGAAAUGGGAAAGGAAUUAAUUAAUUACUACUUCACCGUUCUGCUGGACACUCUUAAGAAAAUCGGCUACAAAGACCCGAUGCCCACGCAGGCGAAGCUCUGGGAACAGCUACAUCGGAAUAAGUACUAUGACUUCUUUCUGAUCAGCACCUUCUUCCCCUUGAUUUUGGCCGUAAAAACAAACAGUUUCCAAAUGAACGAGCUCAUCCAGGAUCCCGAAACGCAGAAAAAGGCCUACUUCCUGGACACUUAUGUCAAGGAUGUGGAAAAGUUGCUGCCUAAGUUCGAAAAACUUGGCUAUUUUAAGGGCCUGUGAGUGAUGGUCAUGUGGGUAGAUAUAGAUCUGUAAUUGUUACUUAAAUGAAGUGGUUGAUUAAAUGUGUAAAAUUAAAAACUGUAUCUAAUAGAUAAGAAUGUGAUUCACGCUAGCAAUAGAAGCUAUUGAAGGAAUU